AUGGGCGACAAAAGUGAGCAAAUCGACGGCGACCCAUAUCUUGGUGUGGCUCAACAAGCUCCCACGGCGCAAGAGUCCACAAAAACCAAACUGCAGCGCCCGCUUUCGCUGUAUGAUGUCGUUGCAGGGAAGGCUGGGCCGAACGGGUUCCUUACCGAGGAAGAAGCACAGUCGCAAAACAUACUCUCACUAGCGCCAGAAGAGGUUCUUCUACGGAAGACGACUAUUCCGGCCGAAUACAUUCUCGACUCAUAUGAUGCAGUGGGAAAGCUGCCGAAUGGUGUCAGACUGCCAGACUCCGAAAUGCUCAAAGCGAUGCACGCCUAUGCGUCCGACUUCUACAACAAUGCGACCCCAGAUGAAGGCGCAUAUGACUUCCGUUCCUUGGAUGAAACAGCGCUCAUUGCCAUGGGCAUUUUGCUGGAAGAAGCCGUAAGAGGGGCAUUGGGAGAGAACGGCGACAUGGUAUUUGUGGAGCCGGAGGGACUGGAUCAAGGACCGGGAGAAAGCAAGAUGACCCGAUAUCAAGUGCAGGGCAAGGUGAAGCCAAAGACCAGACUGGAGGAUGCUUCUGACCAAGAGAGUGUGCAAGACGACGACGAGGAGUUACCAGCGAAACGACGUAGACAUCGAUGA